AUGGACUUGCCUUGGAAUGUGUACGCGGAACAACUGAGCGGCCUUGGUUAUGGCUAUGCUCUGUGGAAUCCCCAACCCAUAGAAGACAGCGAAGUGCUCAUCGGAGACGUUGGAUGGAUCCGCAAAGGCCGAUUCCACCGUCUGUUCAACGCUAUGAAAGACGCACAGGACCCUCUCAAUCUUUCGUUUGGCGUUCCCGACUCUUACGUCCCGCUGAGGCUCGACAAGAAACUGGUCGUGAAAGAUGACGGCGCGAUAAUCGCGCCGUCUGUAAUGAGCGAGAGCAUAAUCAAGGUGGAAGUUGGCGCUGACGCCCAGGUGUGCGUGCAGGUUUGUUGUCUUUGA